CGAAGAAGCUCUUCCAGAUGCACCCACAUUCCAAGAAGCAUGGCUUUGUGUUACGACAUUGGGUACACUGAGAUGAGACUCCCCAACCUGCUGGACCAUGAGACCAUGGCUGAAGCAAUCCAGCAGUCUACUAGCUGGCUGCCCUUGCUAGCCAGAGAGUGCCAUCCAGAUGCAAGGAUCUUCCUCUGCUCCCUCUUUGCCCCGAUCUGCCUGGACAGGCUCAUCUAUCCCUGCCGCAGCCUGUGUGAAGCUGUCAGGAGCAGCUGUGCUCCAGUCAUGGCUUGCUAUGGCUAUCCUUGGCCUGAAAUCCUGAACUGUAACAAAUUUCCUGAAGACCAUGAGCUGUGCAUCGCCUCUAUCACAGAUGAAACCACCUCAAGCAAGAGAAUGCCCCGAGCCAGCUGCAGGGACUGUGAACUUGAAGAACCCAGCUCUGCCAAGGAAAUCCUGGAAAACCUUUGCACCUGUGAUUUUGCUGUGAAGAUAAGAAUUUCUAGGAAGAACAAGACCUCCACUAUUGCUGACUUUGAGCUUGAUUCUAAACUGGAAGUACUGAAGCAUGGCCCUCUCCUCAAGACUGAAACUCAUUCCAAACUCCAGCAGUGGCUCAACCUAGAUGCUACCUGUGUGCACAACAUUAUGAGAGGCACAAACUCAGGGGUAUACGUAAUCAGCGGUGAAAUGCAGAAUGGCAAAAUUGUGGUGCACAAAGCCUAUGCAUGGCACAAGAAGAACCGAAAUCUACAGACUGCUGCGCGGCGAUGGAAACAUUACAAGUGCAAGGUCUGAACUGCUUUAGACCCCUAGUAUUAAAUCUAAUCCCAGUGAUAGAAAACUGCUCCCCUACAGUUACCUAGAACUGUUUGGAUUUGUUUGUUUUUUAAUCCAAAACCUGAGGCAAACAACUGUAUAUAAUGUAUACUUGCUGUAGGGUUAAAAAAAGAAAAGAAAUGAAAGCAGACAGACUCAG